AUGGAAUCCUCCCCAUUCGAAGUGGCUCCUCUGAUUACACUGUCUUCCGAGGUUUGGUUGGUCGACAGCGGCAAGUCGAGUCAUCAGCAACAGCAAGAAAUUGGAAAGGAAGUUGUCAGUGCUUUGCAACGGAGUGGAUUCUUGUUGAUUCAAUCUGAUAUCAUGCCCCGUGAACUCCAAAACCAAGCUCUACAAGAUGCCACUAGCUGGUUGACUGGCUCCUCCUCGAAUCCGUUGGUGACCACUCAUCCAACCGAUCCGAAAUCAUACGUCAUGCUCGAUGCCAAGCACAAACAAGAUGAUGAAUUGGCAUUGCUGCAACCCUAUUUCACUCCCGCUCUGAUGGAAUACUGGAAUGCCUGUGAAAAACUCAAAAUGUGCGUCCUCAGAGCCAUUGGAGUUGGCUUGCAAGUAUUGGAAAAUCCCGAGGAUUUAUCUGCUUGGCACUCCCAAAGUGAACAUUCCGCCAUGCGGUUGCUCUACUAUCCACCUGCGACUGCUACAACUGGCAAUCGCUGCAAGGCCCACAGUGAUUAUGGCAGUUGCACCUUACUUUCCACCGACGGCGUGUCGGGUCUGGAGAUUUUGCUAGACGGAAAAUGGUGGCCUGUCCCCCAUGUCCCCGGAGCCAUGGUGGUCAAUAUUGGCAGCUUGCUCAGUGAAUGGACAACGACGACAAGUGCACACGACGACAAGAACAACGUGCCUCCAUUAUUGGCAACGCUUCAUCGGGUCGCCGGUCCUGCCUCGGAGAACAGUGCCAGCGAUCCUUCUGUGCUACGGCAAGCCAUGGCACAAGGAAGAACUUCCAUUGCCUUUUUCGCUGAUCCCGACAACGAUACUCCACUUGCUCAAAAAGGAACAAGUAUUGAAGACUACAUUGCGUGGCGAUCAGGAGGCAGCCACGAGGAUCGCAGUGGAAUUGCCUUCACAGCUGCUGAACAAGAUCUGAUGCGCCCCGAAAAGUAG